AUGGCUCCGAGCAGCGAGUCCCUGCCGGGAGACGUCAUCCGGUGCCGCCGCUUCACGGCGGUGCUCGCGGCAGGCGCGGCCUCCUUCACGUUCUGCGUCCUCUUCGUCGCCCUCUUCCUCUACCUGCGCUUCCUCCUGCGGCGGUGGCGCGCGCGCCGCGGGCGCGGAGCUGCGAGCAGCAGCCUCGUGCCGCAGGAGCAGGCCGGCCCGGGUAGCCCCUCCGGCGGCCUCGACGCCGCGGCCAUCGCGCUGCUCCCGUCCUUACCGUACCAGCGAGGCGCCGGCGUUGCCGAGGCCGAGUGCGCGGUCUGCCUCGGCGCCCUCGACGAGGGGCAGACGUUGAGGCAGCUCCCCGGGUGCAUGCACGUGUUCCACCUGCCAUGCGUGGACGCGUGGCUCUCGUCGAACGCGUCGUGCCCGGUCUGCCGCCGGAGGACCGAGCCGGCGCGCGCCGAGGAGGCGGCGGCUGCACUCGGUUUGGCGUGA